CCUACUGUUUUCAUCUGUAAACAACAAACAUCUGUUUACUGCGUGUUCAUGUGUGAAUUGUUUUAUAGAGUUAAUGAAUGUUGUAGCAAACACACUUGACUUCUUAACUUCAUUUACACAAGUGCGUGUGUCAUUCUGCAUUGGAAAAUGUGUACAAUUGAUGUGUGUAUUUUGGGUCUGUGUGUGUAAUGAAAUCUCCAUCUUGGCACUUCAGAGCUGUCGAUGGGUGUCUCAUUGGUGUCUUAGGACGUUCCCAGGGGGGUCGUAAGGAGGGUUUAAAAAUAGCCUGCGUCUCUCUCCCUUACACACACACACACACACACACACACACACACUCGGUCUCUUCUCUCUGUGCUGGUAAUGUGUGUAUUUUACUAUAGUCAUUAUGGGUAAAACAGAGUUGCACUCUGUGUGGAGGAGCAUCCUGGACUGUUUCUGCCUCUGUCUGUGUAGAUGUGGGAGUUGUGUGCGAGGCUGUGCUGUUAAAGAUGAUGAGGAGGGUCAUCUGAUCUAUGAGCCGGGUGAUGUGUUACAGGACAGAUAUGAGAUUGUGGGAACGCUGGGAAAGGGAACGUUUGGGAAAGUGCUGGAGUGUGUCGACCAUCGCAGGGGGGGCUCUCACAUCGCUCUGAAGAUCAUCAAGAAUGUGAAGAAAUACAGAGAAGCGGCUCAUCUGGAGAUCAAUGUUCUGGAGAACAUCAAACAGAAAGACCCGGAUCAUGAGAGUCUGUGUGUACAGAUGUCGGAGUGGUUCGACUAUCACGGUCACGUGUGUCUCAGUUUUGAGCUGCUGGCCGUCAGCACGUUUGACUUCAUGAAGCAGAAUCAUUACCUGCCGUAUCCCAUCAGUCAGGUCAGACACAUGGCCUAUCAGAUCUGCCUCGCCGUCAACUUUCUACACGACAACAAGCUGACACACACAGACCUCAAACCCGAGAACGUCUUGUUUGUGAACGCUGAAUACACAGUCACGUGUAACUCACAGCAGAAGAGAGACGAGCGAUGUGUCAAGAACACAACUGUGAGGCUGGUGGAUUUCGGCAGCGCCACAUUUGACCACGAGCAUCACAGCACUGUUGUUUCCACCCGACACUACAGAGCGCCGGAGGUCAUUCUGGAGCUGGGCUGGAGUCAGCCGUGUGAUGUCUGGAGUAUCGGUUGUAUUCUCUUCGAGUAUUACAGUGGAUAUACACUCUUUCAGACUCAUGAUAACAGAGAGCAUCUGGCCAUGAUGCAGAGAGUACACGGACCAAUUCCUGCCAGAAUGAUUCGAAAAACAAGGAAGCAGAAAUACUUUUCUAGAGGUCGGUUAGACUGGAGUGAUGAUACAUCAGCUGGACGAUACGUGAGAGUGAACUGCAGACCUCUCAGAAGGUGCGUGUCGUGUGAUUCAGAGGAGCAUCAUCGGUUCUUUGACUUGUUGGAGAGUUUAUUUGAAUAUGAACCAGAACGGCGGCUCGCUCUCUCCACUGCACUGCGUCAUCCAUUCUUCAGGUGUGUCCAAGAUGCUGAGCACUUCACCAGCGGCAGAGACGUCAGCCGGUGACCUCUGCUCUUCACCUUUGACCUCUAAACUGUGCUCCUGACCUCUCCAUUAGCGUGUGUUUUAACACUUGACUGCUGCUGUAUCUGAGCCUGGUGUCGAUUCUCUGCAGUAGGAAUGUGAUGACGAGCACGCCAAAAUGGAUUUGAUGCUGUAACUUCGCCAAACUUUUGUGUGUCGACACAAAACUUGGUACAUGUCAUCGCAUUCAUGACCUGAGGUUAGGGCUGGGCGAUAUAUCAUGCAAUUCUUAUGCUCUCAGUUUCUUAAUGAAUUACGGUUAAAUGCCGCCACAUCCGAAAACCAGAGGGCGCUCUCGCACAGAAACUCAGAAUAUGGGACACAGAAGAAGAUUGAUUAGUUCCAGGAAAUGCCUGUGGUCAUAUUCUAUCACUGCUCUUCAAACCUUUUCAGGUCAUUUCAUGAUAAUAAAGUAUAUUUAUAAUGAUGAUGUUUGACGAGUGUUGCUUUUUCAAAUUCACGUUAUAAAUGACUCAAUAUCGUAGUGAUUUUAGAUCGAGCAGUACUUCCUACUGAUCAAAGAGCCGUAGUUCACAGAAGAGCUGUGCAGAAAACACAGAAUCGAUUUAGACGUGUACAAUUAGUGUGAAUCGCAAUAUAUAUCGCCCAGCCCUACCUGAGGUAACAUACAAAGUUUCAGCACAGCGCCACCUACUGGUCUAGAGAUAUAAAAAUGGCUAUUUUUGCAUACAACUUUUGAAAACUUGGUGUAAAAUCAUAAGAGUGGUCUUGUUUGAUUCCUUGAGGAAUGUCGAGUCGAACCAUACCCUGUCCCUGUGUUUCUCAUUCGUCCAUUGUGGGCGUCGCCCAUUUUGAAUUUUGCCAUAGAAUGAUGUAUUUUACGAACGCAAUAGCGUAUCGCUACGAAACCUGGCAUGUUUCAUCAAGGUCAAGCUCUGAGAUGACUUGUAAAGUAAUAGGCCAGCGCCCUCUAGUGGUCAAGAGAUAUAACGAAAUUAAUUAAAAUGCUUAUAGCUUAUGAAGAAAUCAACAUAAUGGUAUUUGGUUCACAUUAGUAUAUUUGUUGACUCAAGCCGAGCUGUUUGAUAUCAGAGUUGUCAUAUUCCACUAUACUUCCUGUCGCCAUAUUGAAUUAUAUAGAAAACUUACUUUUUCGAACUCCUAAAACAAAAUUGGUCAGAUUUGCACAAAAUUUGGUAUGUAGCAUCUGAAGACAGUACUGGCAAAAACAUAUUAAAAUAUUUUUGAUCGAAUUAAUUCUAAGCCAAGCACACCAAAAGGGUCAUGUGGCUGUAUCUUCGCGAUACUUUUGUGUAUUGGUAUGUAUCAUCACUGACAAAUCUUGUCUGCCUCAUAAACAAUUGGUGACAGCGCCACCUAGUGGUCAAACGUUAUAAGCACAUUUCUUCGUUCUAACUGCCUUUCCGUGUGUUUUCAAACUUUAUUUUAAAAAUGUGAUCAUCUGACAUGUCCAAAAUAUUUCCCUUUGGGCCGUUAUUGGGCUUGACCCCGUAAUUGCUGCUUGCAGCUAUAUUUUGAUUGUGAGUCUGUCUGGAAGUUGAAUUGAUGCAAACACUUUUUUACUCAUGAGAGUGUUCUAUGUCAUGACAGUAAAUGUUUUAUAGAGUAAAGUAUGCAUUAUGCUGUGUAGUAGGAAGUGUGUGUAACAGUAAAGUUAUUGUGUGUUACUGUCAGUGCGUCAGUAGUUCACCGAUGUCUGACUGUAGAUCUGAUCUGACACUCACUGAAAUCACGUCUGUGUGUGUUUAGUCAGUGAUACACACU